AUCAUUUACGUAUUACGACCUCCUUCCUUGCUUCCAUCAAACGUUUAAGAAGAGAGAAGAGGUGACAGGUGUGCGCGUCGUAUCGAGCGCGCGUACAUGUGUAUAUCUUACGUCCACAUUUGCGCGCAUAGAGCGGCUGCGGGCUUAUAAAUUAAUACUAAAAAAAAGAAGAAAAAAAAAGGAAAAGGAGCGACGACUCGACACCGGUAUCGUAGUUCGCGUCUCGCCGUUGUACCGCAACGUUCGGAUCUUCGGCAUCCUAUAGGCGGCCGCGCGUCGGGCAACAAUUUUUCAGUUCGAGUUCGCGCGAGUGAUAUAGGCACACGCUGCUGCAACGGCACCGAUUUUCCCUGCCUGCAGUUGCACGAACUUUGCAGUGAAUUUGUUAUGGUACAUUUGAAAAGGACACUCCAAAAUGGUACCCGCUAAAACUUGUUUAUUGUUCGUCUUCGUCGUCCAAACGGUUUACUUCAAACCUGUUUGGUCUCAAAGUUCUUACGUCGAAGACCAGCCAUGCACCGUCAAAGGCAAAAUGGGCAUAUGCCGCCAAGUGUGGAACUGCAAUUCCGUGUACAACGAUUUCUUGGCCGGUAAAACCGACGCCGUGAUCUGCAGCUUUCAGGGCACCAGUCCGAUCAUAUGCUGUCCCGACGGCAUCCACGGGCCCAUGAAGGUCGUCACGGAGAAGGACAACGCCGUCUGGGGAACCGUCGAUCAGCAGCAGCAGCCAACGACCUCGAUGACGACGCCGUCUUACAAUAACAACGACAAUAAUAACAACAAUAAUAAUCCCGGAUGGGUAACCCCCGGACCGUCGUUUACCACGAGGAGACCGAACAGAUUUCCAACGACUUUGACGAGUCGAUACGCGGAAAAUCCCUUCCUCACCACUAAACCCCCUUGUAAAGCUGCCCGUAAAAUGUGCUCCGAGUACGCGAAAGCCGUCUACGAAUGGGUGAGACCGCCCACGCUGCUGGACGAGAACAGCCUGGUGAACCGAUCGACAUGCGCCAUCACGUCGAAGAAGCUGAUCGUCGGCGGCAAGAAGGCCUCGCCCCGGGAAUUUCCCCACAUGGCCCUGGUCGGCUACUUGAACAACAACGAGGUCCACUGGAGGUGCGGCGGCAGCCUCAUCUCCGACCGUUUCGUCCUCACGGCGGCCCACUGCACUUACGCCCUCGACUGGGGUGACGCCGAAUGGGUUCGUCUCGGCGUAACGAACAUGCUUCAAACUCGAAACGCGCAAGAUCGCCGAAUCGUCGAUCGCAUAAGGCAUCCCAAGUACAAGCCGUCGUCCAAGUACUACGACAUUGCUCUGCUGCGAUUGGAGACACCGGUGAAGUUCAAUGGUUACGUCAGGCCGGCUUGUUUGUCUCUCGACUCGAGACUGCCCGUGGGCCAAAAUAGCCUGGCCACCGGUUGGGGUCUCAGAGAGAUGUUCGACACAGACGCACCGGAAGAUCUGCUCAAGGUGACGGUGCCGGUUAUAGCGCAGGACCAGUGUCAGCGCGUCUAUCAAAAUCAAAAGAAGAAUUUGGCAAAUGGCAUUGACCAAAUGACGCAAUUUUGCGCCGGCACGUACGGAAAGGACACCUGUCAAGGUGACAGCGGAGGUCCAUUGAUGGUAUACCAUCAAGAAGAAGAAUGCAUGUACGAAAUCAUUGGAAUAACGAGUUUCGGUAAAGCUUGCGGCAGUGUUACGCCUGGUGUCUACACGCGAGUUUACGAAUUUACCGACUGGAUUGGAAGUAUUGUUUGGCCAAAUCUUUGUUAGUUCAAUACCUCGAAAGUAGCCUUGUAAAUUAUGGUCACUUUAUUGUUAACUGAUUCAUAUUAAAAGAAUAAAAAAAACACGCUGCGUCAAUGUAUUUAGAAAUUUUUAAAAAUUUUCAACUAUUUAGGCUUUACAACUUUUAUAUUUCACUAAAAUAACAAUAAAAAUUUUUCAAAAAUUAUGUUUGAAUAUCAUUAAAUUACAAGUAAUAUGUUUGACUCAUUUAUUUUAUGUAACUCAUAAUUUUUGUAAAUAAUAAAUGCUUAACUAGUUUAUAAACCAACCUUAA